AUGUUCAAGCCAACCCAGGUCGCCUGCUCCAAGGCGAGCCGACUUCCGCUCAACUCCAAGAAGGCGAAUCGCGACUUUUACAAGGGCACGCGCACGGGCAACAUCAUGCGUCGCAAGCGCAUUGCUACUGCCGAUCCGCAGGGCAACCAGCUGUACGACAAGAACGGCAACGAGCGAUACUGGCACCUCAAGACCAAGCGCAUCGACGAAGCUCGUCUGCCCAACUACGUCGUACCCCCCGGCCUUGCACAAACAAAGUUGCGACCCUACGUGUUUGCAGGACCAGCCAGCGAAGGCGGUGUAUCGAGGAAGGGCAAAUUCGGUCUGCCCGAGUAUCAGAGGAUGGGAGCAGAGGGUUUCGAUGGCACCUACUACCGUUCCGUCAUCGGCGACAUGCUCACGAAGAGAAGGAUCAAGGAACAGCAGGAGGAAGAUAGGAGGCUCGUCCAAACCAACCGCGACUAA